AUUUUGGAGGACUUUGCUCUGCUGAGGCGGUAGGAGAAUAGACUGUGACGGAUUGUUCCCGCGAGGUUAGGGCUGACUUGAUUGGCGCGGCAGCUAAGAAGGAGAAGUGGUAGUGGUGGCGGUAGGGGGAGGUGUGGGUUGGAUAGGGAGAGGGGCGACGGGGGACGGGUACGUCUUACGUGGUGACGUACAAGCCGUCGGAGUGGGUAUAUUAGGGCCGUGGCCGCGCCGGGCGUUCCAGAGCCGCAGUUCCCCGGUGAGAGGUGCUUUGCGGUGAGACACCCCCCACACACACAGUUGAUCCGCAGUGGUAACGCCAGAGUCCCCGGUACUUUUCAGGGAUGAGUCAUGUGGCGGUGGAGAAUGCGCUCGGGCUGGAUCAGCAGUUUGCUGGCCUAGACCUGAAUUCUUCAGAUAAUCAGAGUGGAGGAGGUACAGCGAGCAAAGGACGUUAUAUUCCUCCUCAUUUAAGGAACAGAGAAGCUUCUAAGGGAUUCUACGAUAAAGAUAGUUCGGGGUGGAAUUCUGGUAAAGAUAAGGAUGCAUAUAGCAGUUUUGGCUCCCGUAGUGAUACAAGAGGGAAGUCCAGUUUCUUCAGUGAUCGUGGAAGUGGAUCAAGAGGAAGAUUUGAUGAUCGUGGAAGAAGUGACUACGAUGGCAUUGGCAGUCGUGGUGACAGAGGUGGUUUUGGCAAAUUUGAACGAAGUGGUAAUAGUCGAUGGUCUGAUAAGUCAGAUGAAGAUGACUGGUCUAAACCACUUCCACCAAGUGAUCGCUUGGAGCAGGAACUCUUCUCUGGAGGAAACACUGGAAUUAAUUUUGAGAAAUAUGAUGACAUUCCUGUUGAGGCAACAGGCAACAACUGUCCCCCACACAUUGAAAGUUUUAGCGAUGUUGAAAUGGGAGAAAUUAUCAUGGGUAAUAUUGAACUUACUCGUUAUACUCGUCCUACUCCAGUGCAGAAACAUGCUAUUCCUAUUAUCAAAGAAAAGAGAGACUUGAUGGCUUGUGCCCAAACAGGAUCUGGGAAAACUGCUGCAUUUCUUCUGCCAAUUUUGAGUCAAAUUUAUACAGAUGGCCCAGGCGAAGCAUUGAGGGCUAUGAAGGAAAAUGGAAGGUAUGGACGUCGCAAACAAUACCCAAUCUCCCUGGUUUUAGCACCAACAAGAGAACUGGCUGUACAGAUCUAUGAGGAAGCAAGAAAGUUUUCAUAUCGAUCCAGAGUUCGCCCAUGUGUAGUCUAUGGUGGCGCUGAUAUUGGUCAGCAGAUUCGAGACUUGGAACGUGGAUGUCACUUACUUGUGGCAACUCCAGGACGUCUUGUAGAUAUGAUGGAAAGAGGAAAGAUUGGCUUAGAUUUUUGCAAGUAUCUAGUGUUGGAUGAAGCUGAUCGUAUGCUUGAUAUGGGGUUUGAACCUCAAAUUCGUCGUAUAGUUGAGCAAGAUACUAUGCCACAAAAGGGAGUUCGCCACACUAUGAUGUUUAGUGCUACUUUCCCCAAGGAAAUACAGAUGCUUGCUCGUGACUUCUUGGAUGAAUAUAUCUUUCUGGCUGUAGGCAGAGUUGGCUCUACUUCUGAGAACAUCACACAGAAAGUAGUGUGGGUGGAAGAAGCAGACAAACGGUCAUUUCUUCUUGACCUCCUAAAUGCCACAGGUAAAGAAAAUUACGACGAAUUUCAGCACAGCUCUGGUGGCUCAGGCAAAGAUUCACUGACCUUAGUGUUUGUGGAGACCAAAAAGGGGGCAGAUUCCUUAGAAGAUUUCUUAUACCAUGAAGGAUAUGCUUGUACCAGUAUCCAUGGAGACAGAUCUCAGAGAGAUCGAGAAGAAGCACUUCACCAGUUCCGCUCAGGAAAAAGCCCAAUUUUAGUAGCUACAGCUGUAGCAGCAAGAGGACUGGAUAUUUCAAAUGUGAAACAUGUCAUAAACUUUGAUUUGCCGAGUGAUAUUGAAGAAUAUGUACAUCGAAUUGGUCGGACAGGUCGUGUUGGAAACCUUGGUCUUGCCACUUCAUUCUUCAAUGACAGGAACAUCAAUAUUACCAAGGACUUGCUGGAUCUUCUUGUUGAAGCCAAACAAGAAGUGCCAUCAUGGCUAGAAAGUAUGGCUUAUGAACAUCACUAUAAGGGUAGCAGUCGUGGACGUUCUAAGAGUAGUAGAUUCAGUGGAGGUUUCGGUGCCAGAGACUAUCGACAAAGUAGUGGUGCCAGCAGUUCUAGCUUUAGUAGUAGUCGAGCAAGCAGCAGCCGCAGUGGUGGUGGAGGUGGUGGUCAUGGCAGCAGCAGAGGAUUUGGUGGAGGUGGCUAUGGAGGCUUCUACAACAGUGAUGGAUAUGGAGGAAAUUAUAACUCCCAGGGGGUUGACUGGUGGGGUAAUUGAAUCUGCUCACAGCAGGUCACCCUACCAAACAAGCUAAUAUGGAAACCACAUGUAACUUAGCCAGACUAUACCUUGUGUAGCUUCAAGAACUCGCAGUACAUUACCAGCUGUGAUUCUCCACUGAAAUUUUUUUUUUAAGGGAGCUCAAGGUCACAAGAAGAAAUGAAAGGAACAAUCAGCAGCCCUAUUCAGAAGGUGGUUUUGAAGACUUCAUUGCUGUAGUUUGGAUUAACUCCCCUCCCACCCACCCCUACCCCAAACUGCAUUUAUAAUUUUGUGACUGAGGAUCAUUUGUUUGUUAAUGUACUGUGCCUUUAACUUUAGACAACUUUUAUUUUGAUGUCCUGUUGGCUCAGUAAUGCUCAAGAUAUCAAUUGUUUUGACAAAAUAAAUUUACUGAACUUGGGCUAAAAUCAAACCUUGGCACACAGGUGUGAUACAACUUAAACAGGAAUCAUCGAUUCAUCCAUAAAUAUUACAAGGAAAAACUUAUGCGGUAGCCUGCAUUAGGGCUUUUGAUACUUGCAGAUUUGGAAAAACCAAACCAAAAACCAAAAACAAACAUCUUGAAGCAUAUCAAUGGAAUUAGUUUCUAAUGUGGCAAACUGUACUAAGUUAAAGUUCUGAUUUGCUCACUCUAUCCUGGAUAGGUACUUAGAACCUGAUAGUCUUUAAUAAGCCAUUCCAGUCAUGAUGAGGUGAUGUAUGAAUACAUGCAUACAUUCAAAAGCACUGUUUUCGAAGUUAAUGCAAGUAAAUACAGCAAUUCCUCUUUCAAUGUUUAGGCAGAUCAUUAAUGUGAGCUAGCCAAAUGUGGGCAGAAUAUUACAGGGAAAGUUUAAAGGUCUGAUAACUUGAAAUAGUUUUUAGGAGAAUUCAUCUAUUUAGACUUUUUAAAUGCCUGCCAUAAAUGAAAAUUGAAAUGGUAGAAUGGCUGACCACAGCAAUGACCGGUCCUCUUUAAGGGCCUGGCUGAUUUUGGUCUAAUAACGCAUGCUAGUGUUGAUGUUUUUUGGUCAAGAGGGUAUGAACAGGAAGAAUUAUGCAGCAGGCUUUAUUUUAAUGCAGAUUCACAUUACUCUGUUCAAGCUGCGUUGAGAUGUUAAACUGGCUUACUGUAGACUUUGUAAAAUGGCUCCAGAAGAGUAACAAACUGAAAUCUUUGAGAUCACAGAGGUUGGAAAUAUGUACAUAACUGCACAAGGUGUCAAUUCUGCUAUCAGUGCAGUUUUAGUCAGUUUUAGUUGCAUAGGUUUCCAUUGUAUUUAUAGUCUGUUUAUGCUAAAUCUGGCCAAAGAUGAGUAUUGUCCACCACAAAAAUGCCUCUGCCACUUGGAAUUUCUGUGCUAACUUUGUGGCCAGAGUGCCGUGAUCAAAACUCUCAAUCUUUUUUCAGUGGCAUAGGAAGACGGCAAAAAUCUCCUAAAGUGCAAUAGAUUUUCAAGUGUAUUGUGCCUUGUUCUAAAACUUUUAUUAAGUAGGUGCACUUGACAGUAUUGAGGUCAUUUGUUAUGGUGCUAUUUCAAUUAGUCUAGGUUUAGGCCCUUGUACAUUUUGCCCAUAACUUUUUACAAAAUACUUCUUUUAUUGCACAUUCAGAGAAUUUUAUAUAUAUGUCUUGUGUGCGUGUCCUUAAACUUCCAAUCUUAUUUUGUCUCUUGGAGAUUGUUGAACGCAGCUUGUCUAAGAAGGGGAAGGGACUAGAUUCUAAAAUUUAUUUGGGACCAUGGGAAUGAUAGUUGGGAAGAAAACUAUUUGCACACGACAGAUUUCUAGAUACUUUUUGCUGCUAGUUUUGUGUAAUAUUUAUUGAACAUUUUGACAAAUAUUUAUUUUUGUAAGCCUAAAAGUGAUUCUUUGAAAGUUUAAAGAAACUUGACCAAAAGACAGUACAAAAACACUGGCACUUGAAUGUUGAAUGUCACCGUAUGCGUGAAAUUAUAUAUUUCGGGGUAGUGUGAGCUUUUAAUGUUAAGUCAUAUUAAACUCUUAAGUCAAAUUAAGCAGACCCGGCAUUGGCAGUGUAGCCAUAACUUUCUGAUGUUAGUAAAACAAAAUUGGCAACUUGAAAUUAAAACAUGCCAAGGUUUUGAUACACUUGUCUUAAGAUAUUAAUGAAACACUUCUAAACACUGAUGUGAAGUGUCCAGAUUCUCAGAUGUUUGUUGCGUGAGUUUUGUUUAGUUGUGUGUUUUUUUUUUUUUUCCGUGAAUGUCUGGCACAUUGCAAUCCUCAAACAUGUGGUUAUCUUUGUUGUAUUGGCAUAAUCAGUGACUUGUACAUUCAGCGGUAACAUUUUAGCAAGUUUUAUCAGCCAGCAAUAUUUUCAGUUCAUAAAUAAGGAUUCAAAAAUCAUAUGCAAGAAUGGAUUUAAACUUGCUGAAUGUAAAGAUUGAACUUCAAGUCACUGUAGGUUUAGUAAUUGCUUAUUGUAUUAGUUAGAUGCUAGCACUGCAUGUGCUGUGCAUAUUCUGAUUUUAUUAAAAUAAAAAGUUGAACUGCA